AUGCCGUUCUUCAGAGACUACAGGACCACAAAUGAGAGAUGGCUCACCUAUAAUGCAAAAAUUCGUGGGAAAGCUACACCCGAAGCUUCUAUACACACCGGAUGGUCUGCUCAAGACGAUCUGACCCUUCAGGAUCUUAGAAAAUGCAAUAUCCCAUGGAAAUAUAUAUCUGCUGCGAUGAACAAUAAGCCCGUCGAAGAUCUCAAAGAGCGAUGGCUGAAUCUCCGGGAGGACAUCGCGAAAGACAUUGUUGCAAAACCAAGGAGAGAUACCAACGAGGUGCAUUUCAUCUAUGAAUUGUCGGAAGAUGGGAAAGUUGAUCGAAACGUGUCUUUCUCAGAUCCAUUGGUUACGAAUGACAAUACUGAUGACCAUCUAAUGGCCUCUCGACCAUCAAAAGUCAAACAUGUGCUCUAUACUGAUGAAAACUUUGAUUUGGAGGAAGUGCUGCUUCUACAUACAAUUGCUGCCAAUUGGGAUAGAGAUAAAUGGUUGGCUGUUAGUACACAUUUCAACGAGAGGACCGGGCGCAGUAUUACCCCAAACGAGGCCAAAUCGAUAAUCGAUCCCAAAGAAGUCUAA